ACCAUCAUCCAAACUUUUGUCAGUCGCCGGCCAGGUCACAGUGGGAGCAGAUGUGAGAUUGCCUUCUCGGUUGGAAAGAACUCCACGUGUCCGAAGCACCACCCUAUUAGUGACUAGAGAAAAGAGAGUGACAAACAUAUUUUUGAGUGGUUUAUAAUGUCGGCCGAUAAAGUCACCAACGGUAGUGAAAGGGCGAUCGGCGACGAUGGCUUCCGCGCGCAGCCGAAGGGAUUUGCAACCAAGGCGAUCCACGUGGCCCAGGAUCCGGAACAGUGGAAAAGCAUGGCGGUGGUGCCACCAAUCAGCAUGAGCACUACCUUCAAGCAGCAUGGUCCGGCACAACAUGCGGGUUUCGAGUACGGCCGCAGCGGAAACCCAACCCGUGACGUUCUGGAGCGCUGCCUGGCCUCGCUGGACAACGGCAAGUACGGACUCACGUUCUCGUCCGGUCUGGGCGUGACCACCACGAUCAUAACGAUGCUCAGUGCCGGUGACCACAUCGUGGCCGGAGAUGAUCUGUACGGUGGAACGAAUCGGCUCCUGCGGCAGGUCGCGAUGAAGAUGAACAUCGCUGUGGACUUUGUAGACACCACCGACCUGGCCAAGGUGGAAGCCGCCAUCAAGCCAAACACUAAGCUUUUCUGGCUGGAAACCCCGACGAACCCGCUACUGAAGGUCGCAGACAUCGAGGCGGUGUGCAAGAUUGCCCACAAGUUCCCAGGGGUUGUGGUUGUUGUGGACAAUACGUUCCUCUCGGCUUACCUGCAGCGGCCGCUGGAUUUGGGUGCCGACGUUGUAAUGUACUCGCUGACCAAAUACAUGAACGGACAUUCCGACGUUAUCAUGGGUGCUGCAGUCAUGAACGAUGAAGCCCUAUACGAACGGCUCAAAUUUCUCCAGAACGCCGCCGGAAUCGUGCCUUCACCCUUCGACUGUUACUUAGUCAACCGUAGCUUGAAGACCCUGGCAUUGCGCAUGGAGCGCCACAAGUCCAACUCACUGGCCGUGGCCAAAUUCCUGGAAGCACACUCUAAAGUUGAACGUGUGCUGCACCCGGGACUGCCCAGCCAUCCCCAGCACGAACUGGCCAAGAAGCAAACCUACGGCCACAGUGGCAUCAUGUCGUUCUACAUCAAGGGAGGACUGGACGAGUCUUCGGCGUUCCUGAAGGCGUUGCAAGUAUUUACCCUGGCAGAAAGCUUGGGAGGGUACGAAAGUUUGGCUGAGCUGCCUUCCGUUAUGACGCACGCAUCGGUUCCGGCGGAGCAGCGCGCCCAGCUGGGCAUUACCGACGGACUGGUUAGAAUAUCGGUGGGACUCGAAGACGUCGAUGACCUUAUUGUGGAUCUGAAGCAAGCCUUGGAGAAGGUUUAGUUUUGGAACAUGUGUGUGCUCUUUUUUAUUCCUCAUAACGAAAAUAAAUGUUUGUCUUGAUUUUGUCAAAAAAAAA